AUGGAGAAGCUCGUUUCAAUGUGGUAUAAAAACCAAUCCUUGCCUGAGGAUUACAUAUUCCCACCAGAAGUGAGACCUGGGAAAUCCAUUGUUCCUGUACGCGAUGUUCCGGUGAUUGAUUUAAGUCAAGCAGUUGGUCGUAAUCGAACUGAUAUGGUUCAGCAAAUACUGAAGGCUAGCAAUGAGUUCGGAUUUUUCCAGGUUACUAACCAUGGAGUUUCAGAGAAACUAAUAAAUGAGACAACGGGUGUCUUGAAGGAGUUCUUUGAGAUGCCUGCGGAGGACAAAUCAAGUGUCUAUUCUGAGGAUUUAAGUAAAAGUUGCAGGCUUUGCACCAGUACUGUACAUUACGAUGAUGAAAAGAUUCACUACUGGCGUGAUAUUCUGAGACAUCCUUGCCAUCCCUUAGAGGAAUGCAUAAAACAAUGGCCAGAAAAGCCAACUAGAUAUCGUGAGGUUGUUGGGGCGUAUUCAAUUGAAGCAAAGAAAUUGGGUUCAAUGAUCCUGGAGCUGAUUUCUGAAGGACUGGGACUUGAGACCAGUUAUUUCAAGAAUGAACUAAGCGAAACAUCAGUAUUGUCAGUUAAUUAUUAUCCACCAUGCCCAGAUCCAAGCUUGACCCUGGGGAUUCCUAAACAUUGUGACCCUAAUAUCAUAACGAUUCUGCAUCAAGAUGUCUGCGGGCUUCAGGUUUUCAAGGAUGGGGAAUGGAUUGGCGUAGAGCCUAUUCCAAAUGCAUUUGUAAUUAACAUAGGCUAUGCGUUACAGAUAAUCAGUAACAACAAGCUGAAAAGUGCUGAGCAUAGAGCUGUGACGAACUCGAAAGAUACCAGGACAACUGCAGCUUUCUUCAUAAAUCCAACUACUGAUAGCAUUAUAGAGCCUGCAAAAGCUUUAACUGGUCCUCCAAUCUUCAGAGCCUGUCAAUACAAGGAAUUGGUUACGCGUUACCAUUCCAUGUCCGGGGACACUGAACAGGUUCUGAAACCUUUUAAGCUUUAAGCUUUCCUGAUCAUUGAUUGUGCUGCCAUGGGAAAUGCAAGGAAUAAAAUAAUUGUAAAAGACUGAACAAGUUCAAGAGUUUUCAUUUAUAUUGGGCUGAU